GCUGAUUUUCUUUCUAUUUUUUUUUUAAGUGUCUUUUCGCCUAGUUGUUAUCUUUUGCCCAAAAUAGAUGGUGUAGUGGAUUACGAAAAAGGGAAAUGAGAGCUCUCUAAAGAGGGCAUGCUGUAGUCAGUUCUGCUAAAGGAAAAGGAGGUCCUACUCUUUGCUUAAACAGGCAUGAGACAGAGAGCAUAAAACUCGGGACCUAAACAUGGAAAAACUAUUUUUCAUACUACUUGGAAAUCUAGAUGAUACAGUAGCUUGAUUCUUUCUUGAGUUGGCAUCUUUUUCUGCAGAAAAAUCCCCUGUUAUCUCAGCCUUGUGAUUACUAGCUCUUCUUUCCAUGAAGCAAAUGAUGUAUAUGAGUACAAACCAGUCCUUCUGCUUGAGCUGGUAUGCAAUGGCUUUAUUUGUUUUGCUUUUUUAAUAGACUGCCACAGAACACUGUGAAAUUAUCAUCAGUGGUAAAUACGGGUUCAGAAAAACGUGAUGACUUCAGGGAUUCUAUUGAGACGUUUUUAAAUGGUUUUGAGUGAUGUAAUCAGGUUAAAUACAAGGUAAGUGCUCUAGAAAUUUAUGUGUUGGAAACUAUUUGUGUCAGUAUUUUAAUGACUGACCAUGCGUAUAUUUUUAACUUGAAUAUGUAACUCUUUGGAAUAGAAAGAGACUUUUUGGGAAGUUGAACCCAGCUUGCUGUAUGUAAAUCCAUUCCAGCUAAAGAGGUGCAACAGUAACCAGAAAAGUUACUGUUAGGGUUAGUGGGAACAGAACAAACUCCUGGAAACCACUUCAAAAGCUCAUUGCUUUUAUGAUAGCUCAGUUUCUGACUUUCUUCUGAAAGUCAGGGUGAAAAUUUCUAUUCAAGUCUAGUUCUGACCAGUUAUUUGCAAAAAUACGGAUUUUGUAUCUCAGGUGGUGACAGUUGUGCUUUGUACAAUGCUACAGAUGCCUAUUACUAGUGGAAUGACCUUGCUUUGUGACCUUUUCUACUUCCUGGAUACAUCCCAUAAUUUGUCGAUACAAACUUAGACAUAAACUAAUUGAGGAUGUUAAUAUCUCCCUUUAUCAUUCUUUUCCAAACAAUGAAUUCCUUUGUUUGUAUUGAGGGUGCUCCUUCAUUUUUGCAUUUCUAUCACAGUGGUGUAUUCUUACUGUACCUGUUCCUCUUAGGGAAAGCUUUAUCAUAAUAAAUUCCAAGAAUGAAUGGCAGAGGAGGUUAACUAGUAACUUCUAAAUGAAUUUCACUAGCAAAUAUUUCUCCAUUUUGUCUUCACCGGGGAUCCUAAUUAUUAUUUUCUUCAUAAGACAAGUUAUUAAUUUAAAAUCUGUAUUAUGAUGAGCUGCUGAUCAGUCUGAUAGCUCCUUUUCAUUCUUACUUUACUAAAACAAAUUUAGGUGAAAAGUGUUUUCAAGUUUGUUUCCUUUUUUUCCAGGAGUGAUUUUUGCAAAGUGGACAGUAAUGGAGUAUAUGAGCACGGAUAGUGAUAGCAAAGAGGAGAUUGACUUGUUGCUAGCUGAUCUAAAUAUGUCUGAGGUGAUAGCCAUCAUGGAAAACCAUUACCCAGGUGAAGACAUUGCAGUCUAUGAAGACAGCUUAAUUACAAUGUGUGAAGAGGCAAAUCAAAACGAUGAGCGUGCAGAAUCAUUACUGUUUUGUGAAAGGGAGGUCUCUUUGAUGUCCUCUGUCAAAUAUGGGACUGUGGAAGACCUGCUUGCCUUUGCAAAUCAGGUGUCUAACACUGCAAAACAAUUUAAAGGAUGCACACAACAGGAAUCUGGAAUUCUCUUGAAUAUGAUCACACCCAAGAACGGGCGCUAUCAAAUUGAUUCGGACGUACUCCUGUUUCCAUGGAAGUUGACUUACAGGAACAUUGGUUCUGAUUUUAUUCCUCGGGGAGCUUUUGGGAAGGUGUACUUAGCCCAAGACAGAGAAACCAAGAAACGAAUGGCAUGCAAAUUGGUCCCAGUGGAACAGUUCAAACCAUCAGAUGUUGAAAUACAGGCAUGUUUCCGUCAUGAAAACAUUGCUGAAUUAUACGGCGCUAUUUUGUGGGAUGAGACAAUCCAUCUCUUCAUGGAAGCUGGAGAGGGAGGAUCUGUCAUGGAAAAGCUGGAGAGCUGUGGUCCUAUGAGAGAGUUUGAAAUAAUUUGGGUGACAAAGCAUAUUCUGAAAGGACUUGACUUUCUCCACUCGAAGAGGAUUAUCCACCAUGAUAUCAAACCAAGCAACAUUGUCUUUAUGUCAACUAAGGCUGUUUUGGUGGAUUUUGGCCUAAGUGUUCAAAUGACUGAAGACAUUUACUAUCCCAAAGACCUUAGAGGAACAGAGAUUUACAUGAGCCCUGAAGUUAUCCUUUGCAGAGGCCACACAACAAAAGCAGACAUCUACAGCAUGGGAGCUACUAUCAUUCAUAUGCAAACAGGCAUCCCGCCCUGGGUGAACAGAUACCCUCGUUCUGCAUAUCCCUCCUACCUCUAUAUUAUACACAAGCAAGCUCCUCCCUUAGAGGAUAUUGCUGAGGACUGCAGCACUUCCAUGAGAGAAUUGCUAGAAGCAGCUCUGGACAGGAAUCCUAAUCACAGGCUGUCUGCAGCAGACUUACUGAAACACGAAGCCUUACACCCGCCCCCCGAAGAGCAGCCGCGGUGCCAGAGCCUGGACUCGGCGUUGUUUGAAAGGAAAAGACUGCUCGCCAGGAAGGAUCUGCAGCUGCCAGAAAAUAUUACAGAUUCCUCAUUGUGUAAUGGGAGCAUGGAAGAGUCAGACCUGCUAAAGAGACAAAGAUCACUCUACAUUGACCUUGGAGCUCUAGCUGGUUACUUCAAUAUUGUUAGGGGACCACCAGCCUUAGAAUAUGACUGACUCAGUAACAUUUUAUGAUCAUGGGUCAGAAAUGGACCUCUACCUCUUAAAAUUUGAUUUUAAGACUUGAUUUUCCAAUUUGUACAUAAAAUUAUUGCCAUUAUAGGCUGUCAAAUGUGAAUAGUGUUUAAUUGCACAGAUGAUUAAGCUAAACCCUUAGGGGCUCUGAUAAGCUGAUCCCAAGCAGUGAUGUUUGUGUGUCUGCUGGUUGACCAACAAGAAGGUGGUGAAAAGAAUACUGCUGCUGGGAAUGUCUUAAUCCAGGAUAUCCUCCUGUGCUGGGCCUUGCACUUUUGUAAAACUUAAAAUAUAUGCUUGCAAAUAAUGUCAGGAGAAAAGAUAAUAUAAUUUAGCAUGUGGGCUGUAAGAUUCAGUCUCUCUGAGCUGUCCUUAGUAAAAACCUUUCUGUCACCCCUCACUCCAAAAAAGAAAAAAAGAAGUCCUUGAUUUAACCAGUCAAAGACUGGUUCAGUCUCGUUCUGUCUUUAAGACUUGGUCAACCUCUAGUCAUUCUUAAAUCAGGGUCUCCCUUAAGUUGAGCUAAUUUCUAUCAGCUGUCUGUGGAGUCAGUUUAUCACUUGUUUACAGAUGUGUUUUAACUUUGCAUCUUCCCUGGGCAGAGGGAGCUAAACAGGAGGCUGUCCCCUGCUCUGUGGGUCGAGUGAAGCUUUCACUGGCAGUGUCAGUUAGCUUUCGGAUUUGUCAGCUGGCCCUGACAAAAUAUGACAGUGACUCCAACUCCUUCCUGUGUUACAACUACUGCAAGGGUAUUUAAGAUAGUUUUCAAGGGUAGAUCAAGUGUUACUCGCUAUUGGUAACAGUGGGCAGGCUCCAAACUCUUGCUUUUUAAUACUUUAAAAUUGUACACAUGUAUAAUUGCUCUGAGUGUUAUGGAUUGGAAGGCGUGUCACUAGUGACAAGCAGUGUUUAUGUUCCUAUGGAAAUGGAAUUGCAUUGUUCUUGCUGUGCCUCAUACAUUUGAAACAUGAUGUUUUGGAUGAUAGUAAAACUAUGUAAACUGCAUAGUUCUGUACAUCCCAUGGGAUGAGAACGUAAACUUUUAUAAAACUCUUUCUGAUGCUUAGGAUGACUCUUUGUAAGCAUUUGUGUUAAAUGGCAUACUGUGUAUGUUGUACACCGAAUUUUUUCUGAAGCACAGUCUCUUUUUUUCAUGUCUGUUAUUUAAUGCUACUCCUCUCUAACACAUGAUCUUAAACAGGUGAUUUCUAGUUUGAUACUGAUAUGGUCAAAUGAAUAAAUCCAGCUCAGUGCCUUGA